UCUCUGCAUUUUCCAGCCAGUCAUGGCGAGAAUGUCGAGCUGGUCGGUUUUGCGGCUGUUUUCACUACUGGCGGCGGCGGCGGUGUGCGCCGUUAGUGGAUCCAUGGAUUUGCCCGGAUCCCUGGAUCCCUCGCUCCUCGAGAACGUGGAUGUGGACCAGUUGAGGUCGAACUAUCUGCCGCCGGGUCUGCAGAACACCAACCUCACCGUGGACGACUUGCAGAAGCUGUUGCAAUCGAAGUGCCAGAAGGCCAACGACCAUUUGCCGCCUGGCUCCGUAAAUGCCACGGCGCUGAGCAAAACGAUUGAGCAGUCGACCAUCAAACUCUUCGAGUGCCUGUCCGGGCUGGCCAAUGUCACCGAAAUCCAGGCGGAGAUCGCCGAGGCCACGCCCAAGGGCGACCUGGACGUGGUGUUCGAGAAGUAUUGCCUGCGGAUGCCGCAGGCGAAGGGCUGCCUGAAGGACUUCAACGACGCCAUCCUGCCCUGUCUGACCGCCGACGAGAAGCGGCACAAUGGAGUGCUGCAGCGGAUUGCGGACAAGUUGCUGGAGUUCAUAUGCUACAAGAACGGCGAUCAGAUUGCCCUCUUCAUAGCGGAAAAGGGACCCGAGUGCCUGACGGACAGUCGCGAUGGCAUCGCCAACUGUCUGAACGCCUCCUUUGCCAGCUAUCUGCCCAAGGAGUUCAGUCCGGAGUGGAAUCUGCCGCAGUUGGUCCUGGGUCCCAAGCAGUGUGUCGACCUCUACGAAUUCGAGACCUGCACCGUAAAUCUGCUCGAGAAGUGCGAGGUCAUCACGCCGAGCAACAUUGUGGAGUCCAUGUUCCGGUACGUGCGCCGGGAGUCCUCCUGCCAGCCGCACAUCGACAGGGCCAAGCAGCAGCACCGCAGGGCGGCCCCCUUGGUGGGCGUGGCCGGAUCCGGAUCAUCCCUGCACUGUGUGCAUCUCAGAUGGAUUCUCGCGAGCCUGUUAAUGGCCACUUUGCUCACCCGACUGGCCUAGUCCUUCGCUGCAUCUCUCGUUCUUUUUUUUUUGAUAUUAUAUAAUUAUGUUUAAUAAACUUUGCAAAGUCGGAGGCGGACUGCCGUUCGGCAUAAGCCGCUUAA